UUACGCAUGCACCACAUUUCCUUAAUCCUCCUUUAAUUUGUACUACAUCUCUCUCUCUUCUCUCUGCUUUGGCUUUUUGGUUGGUCUAGGGUUUUUGAUCAUCAUCUCUCAGGUGAAUAGGUCUUUGGUAUAAUCCCAUCUCAAUGUCUGCGAAUUCCAAGUUGGAGAGGUCUGCUUCUCAAUCGGCCGAUAAUACGGUGGCUGUCUCUAACCGUGUGGUGGCGUCACGGUCUAGUCGUCAGCCGCGGCUCUCUUUCUCCACCUUUGUUCAGUCGUCCGACAGCGAUUACCCUAAGAAGAUGAAAUCCGAUGAGGUUUCUCCGAAGAGAGAGGGAGCUCCGGUGUCGGCGAAGGAGAGAGAAGAAGCGGAGGAAGAGGAGGAGGAGGAGGAAGAAGAGAAGAGGCCAUGGAAUCUUCGACCAAGGAAGGCUUGCGGUGGUGGUGGUUUGAAGAAGGGAAACUGCGUACUCGCGGCGGAGGCGUGCGGCGGCGGCGGAGGAGCUUCGGAGGUGAAGAAUCAGAGAUCAGGAGGAGGAAUGGAGCCGAAAUCGAACAGGCAGAGAGGAAUCCCGGCGGAAUCACCCGGAUUAGGCGGUGGUGAGGUUGCGAACGAGAAUCACAGGCUUUGGGUUGCUCUGUCUAGAGACGAGAUCGAAGAGGAUUUGUUCAGCAUGUGUGGGAACAGGCCAUCUCGCCGGCCACGGAAGAGGACUAAAACGAUGCAGAAGUAUCUCGAUGUCAUUUUCCCUGGAUUGUGUCUCGUUGGGAUGAAUGCUGAUUGCUUCAAAGUUUCCAAUUCUCCGGUUAAGCGAUGAUCGAUGCAAAGUAGUCUUUUGGUGAAAGAAAAAAAGGGUAGAUAGGUAUGCUGGUGAUCGAGAAUCCAGGAUACACCACAGUAAAGGAUAGGAAGAAGAUAUCUCAAAUCUCAAGAGUCUCAUAACAAACUUAGUAGUAAUAAAAAAUAAGUAAAUAUCGGUAAGGUUCAUAUAUUUAUAGAUAUAAAUAUAUUUAUAAAGAGAGAGUGAGCAAGAAGGGUUUGUUUUUGAGUUA